CACACAGUCGCUGUGACUGAGAGCAGAAAUGGAGCAGAAUCAGCCGGACCGAGAAACUUUUUCCUGUUCGAUCUGUUUGGAUCUACUGAAGGAUCCGGUGACGAUUCCCUGUGGACACAGUUACUGCAUGAACUGUAUUAAAAGCUUCUGGGAUGAAGGUGAGCAGGGAGGAAUCCACAGCUGCCCUCAAUGUAGGGAGACAUUCACACCGAGGCCUGUUUUAAAGAAGAGCACCAUGCUAGCAGCUUUAGUGGAGCAGCUGAAGAAGACUGGACUCCAAGCUGCUCCUGCUGAUCACCGCUAUGCUGGACCUGAAGAUGUGGCCUGUGAUUUCUGCACUGGGAGAAAACUGAAAGCCAUGAAGUCCUGUUUAGACUGUCUGGCCUCUUACUGUGAGAAACACCUUCAGCCUCAUUAUGAUGUGGCUCCUUUAAAGAAACACAAGCUGGUGGAGCCGAACAAGAACCUCCAUGAGAACAUCUGCUCUAAGCAUGGUAAGGUGAUUGAUAUCUUCUGCCGCAAGGAUAAGAAAUGUAUCUGUUAUCUCUGCUCUGUGGAUGAACAUAAAGGCCACGACACAGUGUCAGCUGCAGCAGAAAGGACUGAGAGGCAGAGAGAGCUGGAGGAGAGACGAGGAAACAUCCAGCAGAGAAUCCAGGACAGAGAGAAAGAUGUGAAAGAGCAAAAGGAGAAAGUUGUGUUCAUUAAUCGCUCUGCUGAUAAAUCAGUUGAAGCAUGUGAGAAGAUCUUUAUCGAUCUGAUCUGUCAGAUCCAGAGAAAAGUAUCUGAUGUUGAGAAUUACAUCAGGUCAAAACAGGAAACUGAAGUUCGUGAAGCUGAAAAGAUACAGAAGGAGUUGGAGCAGAAGAUCACUGAGCUGAAGAAGACAAACACUGAACUGAAGCAGCUCAUAGACACAGAGGACGACAUCCAGUUUCUGAAUAAUUACAUCCCAGAACCAAGACGCUCCUUCCAAGAAGAAUUUCUGCUUUUCACAAAAAUAUGGCUCCUCGAUGAUGUAAAAGCAGCCGCCUCAGAGGCUGAGACUAUAGUUAAGGAAAUUGUGACCAACAGGUCGAUGGAGAUUUCCCUGAAGGAGAUCAAUUCAGAGGCUUCAUCAUCAUCAACUCCCACAGAGGGGCUGGUGGACAGAAAUAAACUACUGAAGUUUUCACAAGAUCUAACACUGGACUCACAGACAGCAAACAAAUAUUUGUCUGUCACAAGAAACCGAGCAGUAAAAAAGGAUACAGAACAAUUUAAAGACGAUAAUGAUUGGUUUAAAGAUUGCUUCCAAGUGUUGAGCAAAGGCUCUCUGAGUCAAUGUUCUUACUGGGAGGUGCAGGGCUCUGGUAGAUUCACAGUGGCUGUAGCAUAUAAAGAUAUGUGGAGAGCAGGCAGAAUAAAUGAAUUUGGACAAAAUGAAAACUCCUGGGCUCUGGAUUGCUGCAAACUCAUGUAUGUAUUCAGACACAACAAAACUAUGACUCUGAUCUCGGCUCCUCGUUCAUCUAGAAUAGGAGUGUUCUUGGAUCACAGAGCAGGUACUCUGUCCUUUUACAGCGUCCCUGAAACCAUGACUCUGAUCCACAGAGUCCAGACCAGAUUCACUCAGCCGCUGCUGGCUGGGAUACGACUGUAUGAAACUGGAGACUCUGCUGAGUUCUGUCAACUCAGACGGAACAUUUUUAUGAGUCUGACUCAUACGAGGACCAUUGGCCUCACUAGCGUACAUCGGUUCAAAUAGCUCCCUGAGUUUUAAUGUAUCAGGAAAGCCUGAUACCUGCAGAGAAAUGAUAUCCUAUUUUGCAGCAACUCAAAGAAGAAAUGCAUAGUUUGACACAUCACUGUCAUGGUUUGUAUUUCUUGCAUUUUUCAUAAAUGUUCUUCUAUUAUCUGGUUUAUUCAACUGCUGGUGUUAGAAUUACUAAGCAUUAAAACCUCCAGAUGGGCCUCAGUCUAGUUUUUAUCUAAAACAGAGUAUUGUGUACGACAGACACUCAACUACAUUUGUAUGAUGUAUAUAUUGUAUUUCAACUCUAUAUUAUAAUCUCAUAUCUUCUCUCCACAAAAGCAGACUGUGGUUCUCUGGGUGGCCUCUAGUGUUUGCUUCUUUUAUAUUAAGCAUUUACUAAGUUGGUUUGUCAACGUCUGAUUUAAGGCUGUUCAGAUCAAAAUUACAUUGUCCUUAAUAUUUUAUAACUGGUUUGAGUAAUUGUUGAGAAUUAAAUAAUAAGUGUUAAUAAAAUAUUUGAUUCCUUUUCACUGGAUUUUUUCUGCAAGCUUAGAAAACUGAGGCGAUGAUGAUAUUUUGAUUAACUUGUAUUUUUGUUUCUUAAAUCAUAAGUUGACUGUUUAGCUUUAAACCGAUAGAGCAGCUUCUGCCAAAUGAAUCAUUUUGUGACAUAUAAUCUCUGAUAACUGUUCUGUUCUUCAGAUACCAGUUCUCUGUGUGACACCAUGUUGUUGUAAUUUGCACAGAUGUGAACCAAAAUAAAGAGUGAACAUGGAA